AUGAUACAAACAAACGUUCCUCAUUUACAUGUAAGUGCCUCUGUAACUCUCCAUACCGCAAAUGGAGAUGGUGGAUACGAAAUGUAUACCUUUAUAGCAACCUUCGAAAGUUUCCCACCACCCUCAGAAACUAGCUCUUACAUGAUUUUCCGUUUCAACGACAAAGAUCAUGGUAUCAUAUGUGGUUACAUCAAUAGUAAUGGUUUGGACUUCAUCGAUCGUGUGAAAGAUAUAAUCUCCGUUGAAAGUACGGGCCAUAUCGACGAAAAUAUGGAUGAAGAAAACUUGGAUCCGUCGAUCUUCGAAGACACUGAAGGAAGCGCUAUCCUAUUGAAUUAUACUCAUCUAGAUUAUGUGGUUUGCCGUGUCGAUGAUAAUAGUGAGCUGACACUUAUUUGUUAUAUUGGAGAAGAAGUCUUAAACUUGUUAAAGGAACGCGAACUCGUCCGUAAACACAUAUGUCGUGACUGCAAAAAGUUGUAUAAAUACCCAUGCCAUUUAAGAUACCACAUGCAAGUUCAUACCAAUGAAAGACUGGAAUGCCGAGUUGAAGGAUGUAAAAAGUCUUAUACAUUAGAAGUAAAUAGAAGACGUCACGAAAAGAGUCACGUCCCUAACCAAAACUAA